AUGUCGACGUCAAAGAUCUUUCGCAUCUCGGGACUCCCUCUUGAAAUCGAUAUCGACACAUUACGGGAAGCUCUUCGGCUAAAGCAGGAGGGCAUUGAUAUAAAGGCAACCAUCUCUCCAUGUUGUUCUGAUCCUGGUACAAAAGUCGCAAUUGUGGAAUUCAAACCAUGCGCUCCAUCUUAUUUGAAGGAUGUGAUUUCCGGUGCGAGACCCGAUCACCAGAUAGAGAUGAAUGAUGACCACGACGACUUGAAUAUCGACAUGGACUUUUAUGGGCUUACCCAACUAUACGCCACUCCGCACAAAGCAGACAUUACUGCAGAUAUUGUCGCAGUGACAGGCAUUGCCGGCCAUGCGUUCGGGUCGUGGCGAGGGAAGGGCAACUUGCGAAGGAUGUGGCUGCAAGACUUCCUCAAAAAGGACUUGCCGAGAUGUCGAACCAUGAUUUUUGGCUACGAUUCAAGGCUGGAUAGCCCUGGUGCUCAUGAGAUGCAGGAUUACAGGGACAAUCUUCUGACGGAGCUAAAGAAGGCUAGGACAUCAGACCAAGAGCAGAAUAGACCCAUCAUUUUCAUUGGUCAUAGUUUCGGGGGAAUCGUAAUUACGCAGGCUCUUGUAAAAAGCCGAGACUCUAACCCGGCCUCCGACCCCGAUACCUAUGCAAUAUACAGGGCAACUUACGCUACUCUCUUCUUUGGCACCCCCCAUCGUGGUUUUAACGUGAAGAGUCUCACCAAAAUGGUUGAUAGAAGAAAAUCGGAAGAAAGACUUAGCCUCUUGAACUCGAUUGGAACCGACUCACCACUAUUGGAAGAAGGUUUAAAGAGGUUUCUUACUUUUGCGCAUCAGCUGAAAGUAGUGAGCUUUUAUGAAAUGUUAAAAUCAAAAACACCGGAGCAGGUUACUACAGGAUUCGAAAGAAUAGGUCCGUAUGAACUUUCAGUUCCCAAAGAAUCCGCUUUACUUGGGCUCGACCCCGAGAUCGAAAAAACGCGACACCAUUGCCCAUCUAAAGGUGUACCAAAAGAAUUUAUCUCUCCCAGACACCGGUUUUCUCUCGCGUAG